AUGUCACCAACAUCCGUUCUCCCCACUGUCACUAGGGCCUCGUCCGAGGUCCUCGCCGAGGCUGCCAAGGGCACCGAUUCGACCUUCCAGCUCCUGUACUUCCCCCUCCACGGUCGCGGAGAGCUGGUCCGCAACCUCCUUGCCUACAGUGGUGCUCAAUGGGAGGAACUUGCACUUGAUUGGCCAGCGCAAAAGCCCAAGACGCCCUUUCAGGUCGCCCCCGUCGUCUACGAACACACCGCGUCAGGUUCAGUCCUGCAGCUCGCCGAGUCGAAUGCGAUCGAACGCUACCUCGCUCGCAAGUACAACCUCAUCGGAUCCAACAUCUGGGAGGAGAACUUGAUCAACCAAUACUACCACAAUGCCGAGGGCCUGAUCCAGGCAUUCGCUCUCCGGGUUGUCGGCGCCGCUCCCGAGGCCCGUAUCGACGAAGCCAACAGGUUCUAUACUGAAGUGCUUUCCAAGUUCGUGUCAAUCCAUGAGGAGCACUUGAAGCAGAAUGGGGAUAAUGGACAUUAUGUGGGCAAGAGCACGACGCUCGCGGAUUUGAAGGUUGUGCAGACGCUGGAUCGAAUUCUGUUGUUGGUCCCCAAGGGUGGUGUGCCCGUCCCGGUCUCGAAGGAGUUGACGCCUUCAUUGUGGAAGGUCAAGGAGGCUGUGGAGGAUAAUGCUUCGUAUGCGUCGUGGAAGAAGAGCCAGCGGAGCCAGGACUUGAACGCCAACACCAGGGCCCGUUUCCAGUUUUAA